AUGGCCCAUUCUUCCCGUGGUUCCAUCUACUCAGACUUUUCGUCUCCCAAUAUCGAGCGCUUUUCGGUAUACAACUCCGAGUUCGAGUCCUACGAACAAGACCACCUGGAUGCAGAAAAAAGCUACGUCGAGGCCACCACAAGCCUCCCACCAAGCCCGCCCGAUACCCUGCCCAAUGUGGCUACCGCGCCGCGCGCGCUCCCCGCUGCGGCCACUGCCAAACCGUCAGGUUUUGCGGCUUCGGGCCUCUCCACUGGCUUUGCAUCCGGCGGCUUCUCUUCGCACAGCAUCACGCUUGACGGGCUCUCGCUCGUUGAGCUCCUCCUCAUGUUCAACAAGAUCAACCUCCGUGCGCUGCCGGCCAGCGCCGAGUCGUCACCCGAGUCGAGCCCCAACUCGCGUACGCCGACGCGUAAUGUGCUCGCACUUGCGGACGCGCCGCUCUACGACGUGUGCAAGCAGAUCCUCGCGAAACUCGUUGCAUCCGUGCCACCGGUAAAUAGCAGCGACCCGCUCACACCGGUCACAGAUGCGUUCGACUUUGAGCCUGAGCUGCGCUACCCGAGCCCCUACGCAAACUCGUCUCUUAACUAUUUCACACCGUCCUUGCUUAUCCCCCAAAACUACAAUGUGCACGCGACGUCCACCAAGUCCGGAGUCGAUGCGGAUCACAAUAUCUGGACGAAUCCGCGCGUGCCGAUUCGCGACAUUUCCGUCAAGAUCGACAUGCUUGGCGAGAUUGUCAAGUUCGUCACCGACUUCUCCCGCAACGUGGACACAUACUACGCGAACGGCGGACUGAACCAACACCUGUUGCAGGUGGCCAGCACUGUCGCAUACUACGAAAAGUUGCUCGUCGCGUACAACGUGUACGAGUUGCCGUACAUGUUGAACGAGCCGCGCGUGCCGCCCGCGAGCACGAGCGCUGACGACGUAACAUCACUCGACGGUAACGACACGUAUACGCUACUUGCCAAGAUGGAGACAAAUGAUUCGAAGCAUGCCCACAGCUCGGCCGAGACGAAUACGACCGAGUUAAAGCCCGAUGCGAGUUCCGCCAUCGCCGCGCGAAGUGCGGGCUCCAAGUUGAAGACCUGGAAGUUCAAGUUGUCGCGCGGCGACGCCAGUGAUACUCCCUCCCUGCGCACGCACAAAAUGAGCCCCUCCACCGUUUCGGAAACCUCCGAUAAAACCAGACGGAGCUCUCUCCGGGGAUCGUGGUCCGCUGUGCUGCCACGCCCGCUUGCAUCGGUCACGUCUGGCUCGCGUUCCCCCCUGAUUGUGUCACAGACCUUCAGUGCGCCAGUCAUAUCGCAACCAUGGAUGGUGGUGAAGCCCGAGACCCAGACUGUGCCUCAGGACCAUUCGCCCGAGUUGAAGCAGCGGUACUUUGGACUUUUGGUACAGCUUAAUCGCGAAAUCCAGCACUUGAUUGACUCGUACAGCAUUGAUUACGAAGACUGGUUGAUUGAGAAUAUGACUGUGGCUUUAAGCUUUGUGUUGGAGAAGGUGUUGCGGUUUGUGUGCAUUGACUUUGUCGGGAUGGCGGUUGGGAGGGCCUUCCAGUUGUCACGAGACAUUGAAAAUUUCGUAUCCGAGUCAGCGCAAAUAUUCAUGACCGAUGAACUAGGUGUGGGCUAUAUUGAAAGGUAUGGACUUCCAUUCUCACCUCCAGGCUCUGACGAGUAUGAAUCUACCAGAAUGGCAACCGAUGUGACUGGAACAGUAAUGGAGCGCCUCGGAUCAAUAAUGACUGGCCGCCUGGGAUAUCACCUAAUGAGGUUCAGCUUUGUUCUUAGUCCAAGAGAGUUUUCUGGGAGGAUCCUUGGUACACCAAGCGGUGAGGAUGCUAUCGUACCUAAAUAUGGUCAUCAGAGAACAGGAAUAUAG